AGUACUCGUACCGCCCUUCACGGACGACGCGGCCAUAUGAGAUCCGAAACAUUACUAGCAGCAACGAUGACCUCUCCGAAUCUUGUAACAUCCGAGGAUCUCCUCGUCUGCAACACCUGCGGCGCACAAUAUGACGUCGACGAGAGCGUGGGCAAGGACAGUUGUAGAAUCUGCGAUGACCCUCGACAAUUCAUCCCCCCGGGAGGCCAGUCGUUCACCACCCUAGGCAGACUCAGGGCCGACGGCAAGCACACGAACGUCUUUGAGCAGUGCGAGCACAAUCACUCGGUCAUCGAGAUCCACACGGAGCCAAAGUUCGGCAUAGGACAAGGGGCGCGUCUGAUCCGCACACCGCACGGCAAUGUCCUUUGGGACUUGAUCGCGUAUCUGGACCAGGAGACCGUCGACAAGAUCACCGAAUUAGGCGGGUUGAAAUUCAUCAUCAUUUCUCAUCCUCAUUUCUACACAACGUGGGCAGACUGGUCGGCAACAUUCAAUUGUCCAGUGUACAUGACCGAAGUCGACUCAGUCUGGGCCAAUCGACGAGACUCGCCCACCGCAACGCUCAAGCUCCUUAACGAACCGACAACCGAACUCCUACCCGGUCUCACCGCAGUGAUAUGCGGCGGCCACUUCCCCGGCAGCAUGGUCCUGCAUUCCGCGCCACCAAAUACACCGAUCCCAACGCUGUUUGUUGCGGAUACCAUUUUCGCUGUGGCGUCGGGACAUAACCCCGACCCGGGCAAGCGGAAGGAUACGAUAGCGUACCAAUUUCUCUGGAGUAUUCCGAAUUACAUUCCCUUGCCGCCAGAUACGGUGAUGCAGAUCUGGAAAGCGUUGAAGCCGUUUGAGUUCAAAGCCACGUAUGGCGUGUUCGCCAAGAUGGCCAAUGUUUUUGAGAGACCUGGUCAGACGUUAAGUUUGAAGGGGAGAGUCCUGCAGAGUGCCAAAAUUGCCGUGAGGGCCAUGGGGUAUUCAGAGCAUGCCAUUUUUGCGGAGGAAUUGUAGCUCCAAGUGAUCAUCCAGCAGGGACAGCACUACAGCUAUGGGCCAACGAUGGUGAUUGCUGAGUUGGAGCACUGUCGUCUAGUCUCGUUGAUCCUACUUCGUAGGGUAGGUCGUAAAUGCCACCUCAGACCAAGAGGACUGCGUUCAGA